GGCUCAACUGCGCGUGCGAUUGUUCUGUCCAGUUGGUGCGAGUACGUUUGGAGGUAUGAGCCUUGUAGACCCUAACCUCAAUCAUUAAAGACCGAGGCUACCACUGAGGAACGGUUAUUGGGUUGCUUGUGAAUUAAUUAGGGUUUUUCUGACAAUGGCAACAGCUGUUCCUGGGGUGCCUGUCGACGUCGAGGCCGAGCAGAUCAAAUCCUUCAAAGAUUUCUUGACGUCAUAUAACAAAUUGUCAGAGAUUUGCUUCAUCGACUGCAUAUCUGACUUCACAACAAGGGACAUUCGAGAUAAAGAGGAGAAAUGUGCCUUGAACUGCAUGGAAAAGUUCCUCAAGAUGAACCAAAGGGUCUCCCAGCGAUUCCAAGAGUACCAGAUGCUCAUGAACGAGAAUGCAAUGGCCAAUGCCAAGAAAAUGGAACAGAUGUAACAAUAAUUAUGACUAGAUAUUUGUUUGCAAUUCAGGAUUAUUGAAAUAAUUGAAUAAAGUUUUCGUUGUAUUUUUAUAUAA